CCAGGCGCCCUUUUGCCUCAUUGAUAUAAAUAGAAAAUCUUCAAAAUUUUCAUUCAGUAGUUCAGUACUCAUCGGUGGUAGUUCCCAGCCCCUACAAUUCAAAGAUGAUCGUUCUUGUGGCCAUCCUCAGUCUGGUAGCAGUCAGCUCGGCGAGACCGGAAGCUGGAUACAGCUACAGCGCUCCAAGUGCUCCCAGCGCCCCUGGAGGAGGUUAUCCCUCCGGACCAUCUGCUCCAGCACCUCAGUAUGGAGCUCCAGCAGCCGGUCCCAUCGUCCAGAAACAUGUCUACGUACACGUUCCACCACCAGAGACUGACAUCCCAGCUCCCAGGAAGCCCAUCACUGUAGCUCCACCACAGAAACAUUACAAAAUCAUUUUCAUUAAGGCCCCAACUCCACCAACCCCAACUGCACCCAUCAUUCCAGCUCAACCACAAAACGAAGAAAAGACCUUGGUCUACGUCUUGGUAAAGAAACCAGAGCCCGAACCAGAAAUCGUUAUUCCAACACCUGCACCAACUCAACCCAGCAAACCAGAAGUAUACUUCAUCAGAUACAAGACACAGAAGGAAGAAGGUGGCUACGCUCCCAGCGGUACCCCAGACAGCUCCUACGGAGCUCCUCCUGCUGGCGGUCCUCCUUCUAGCGAAUACGGUGCUCCACGAAGCUUCUAAACCAGCUCAGCCUCCAUCAGGAAAGAACUGUACAUUUGUAAAUAUAGUGAAUAAUGCCAGUGGAAUGUUUUUAUACAAUGUGAUUUUUAUACGCUAGUUCUAAGGUUAUAUAGUACUGAUAAAAAACGGUUGACAAAUGUUUAGGAUAGAGUUAUGUGGAAAGUAUUUUUAAAACAGAUGUGUUGAUGUAUUGGAAACAGUACCAGAUAUAUAAAGGGGUAUUUUUAAGUACAUAGAUAGAUAGUAGCAAAUAUUUGCAGACCUCUCGAUUAUAUAGUAUUAUAUUUUACAAUUAUCUCAUAAAUUAGUAAUUUAUCUAUAAAAAACCACUUUUCUUUCAGUGCUUUUUUUCACCAAGAUGCUUUAGAAAUAUUUAGUUGUUUCUUGAUAGUCUUAUAAAAAAAAGGCGAUAAAAAGAGUGUGAUCUACUCGAUCUAGUUUGCCUCUAAAUUUUUGUUUUUUAGAAGUCUUCAAAACAGACUAUGUUGGUUCCAAAACUCCAUUAGGUUGUAUUUAAGCCCCAAUAACUUUAAUUAUUCUCUGAAAUCUAAUUGAUGAUCGGUGAUGCCCUUAUAAGUAACUUGAGGUUAGUAAUCUUUUUUUCUGGUUGCGCUUGCUGCUUUGAAUUGAAUUUCAUGUCAUUUGGCAGUCAUAGUAUUAAGUCUAAGAAUUGCAGAAAUCAUUCAUUUUUUGUUAAAUUUUGUGUGCUUACUAAACGGUUUUGGACAUCAACAACUGCAUGAUACAAUUCCUAGAUUAUAAAGAAGAGUAAUUUCUUCAAAAAAAUAUGAGUGGCUGCCUCUAGUAAAGAAGAUGAAAGCAGAAUCAAACCAAUGACCAAAUUGAAGUAAAUUAGAAUUCUUAUCAGUUGAUACCAGUAGGUAUUAGCAUACGGUUUAUAACAUUGAUAAAAUAACCAAAACCAUACCACCAAUAGCCACAUAUGGCGUGGAAACGUGAAUCAUACCUUUUACAACAAAUCUAGUAUUUUUAGAUGCUAAAGGGAUAUUGAGGGUGAAUAAUUGGAGGAGAGCAGCCAGGGAUAGAGAUACUUGGAGGCAGAUACUGGGGGAGGCCAGGGCCCGACUUGGGCUGUAGCGCCAUAGGAGAGAGAAAAUAACCAAAAAUAAAAAAAAAUAUGGAAUAUGUACUUAUAUGAAUUAUGGAAUAAGUAUAUUCCUCACUAUUGCUCAUAAAAAGGGUAGCGGGAAACUGGCUACACGUGUCCCAGUGUAGAGAGCAGUGAAAAGAGCUGAGGGAGGCCUAUGUCGAGCAGUGUACGCGAUUGGCUGAUUGAUGAUGAUGAUAUUCCUCACUACAUUUGACACAAGAAGGUAAUAGUGUCUUACAAACGUUGUGACUGUAAUACACUCUGGACCAAAAUUAACCGGCCACCUUAAAAAUGGGUUAUUUUUGAUGUCUUAUAUCUCCUAAACCUGUUGUCCGAUUUAAGUGAUUUUUUUAGUUUGUUAUAGCUUUAUUCCUUGAUAAUAUCGUUAUAAUAACAUUGUUGCUAAACAGGUAAAUUUUCAUUGUAUACCGGGUGUACGAAUCAAACUGUGUGUGUUUUUUUAAAGUUUGCAUCACCCUGUGGAAUAUUCUAGCAUUUGUAGAAUACUGAAAUUAAAACCUAACUAUAGCCUCAUGCCUUCUCAACAUUUUGUUGUUUGACUGAUUCGCUUAUGUUGGAUAAUAAAAAAGUUAGGUGCUUUAACAACCAGACAUGUUGUUUAUCAAUACAGGGGGUUUUUAAAAAAUUUUGGCAAAGUUUAAGGGGUAAUUCUGCACGAAAAAAUAAUGACAGUUUGCUUUAUAAACUUAUGUCCGCAAAUUCUUCGUUUCCGAGAUAAGGGGUGUUGAAAUUUUUCUGACAAACUGAUGAUUUAUUUAUUACUUUAAAACCGGUUGAGACAUGCACAUGAAAUUUAUUGAGUUUUAAUACGUAGUUAUUCCACAUUUUUUUUGCACACAAUUAAGCAUUUCAUAUUCACCAUUGGCGCGCAUACGGGUAAUAUGAUUGCUCAUAUUACUUGUAUGCGCGCCAAUGGUGAAUAUUAAAUUCUUAAUUGUAUGUCAAAAAAUAUGCAAUAACUACGUCAUAAAACCCACUAAAUUGCAUUUGCAUAUCUCAACUGGUUUUAAAGCAAUAAAUAAAUCGUUAGUUUGUCAGAAAAAUUUAAACACCCCCUAUUUUGGAAACUAAGCAUUUGCGGACCUAAGUUUAUAAAGCAAACUGUCAUUAUUUUUCAUGCAGAAUUACCCCUUAAACUUUGCCAAAAAUUUUUAAAAACACCCUGUAAUGAUAAACAACAUGUCUGGUUGUUAAAGCACCUAACUUUUUUAUUAUGCAACAUAAGCGAAUCAAUCAAACAACAAAAUGUUGAGAAAGCAUGAGGCUAUAGUUAGGUUUUAAUUUCAGUAUUCUAGAAAUGCUAGAAUAUUCCACAGGGUGAUGCAAACUUUAUGAAAAAAAAAACACGGUUUGAAUUGUACACCCGGUAUACAAUGAAAAUUUACCUGUUUAGCAACAAUAUUAUUAUAACGAUAUUGUCAAGGAAUAAGCCUAUAACAUAUUGAAAAAAUAACUUAAAUCGGACAACAGGUUUAGGAGAUAUAAGACAUCAAAAAUAACCCAUUUUUAAGGUGGCCGGUUAAUUUUGGUCCAGAGUGUAUAUAGUCUAACAUAAGAUAUAACUCAAAAUAACUAGGUUAAAGAAAAAAAUCAUUCGGUCAAUUAUUGAAAUGUUAUAGCCAAAGAAAAUACACCCAAACGAUAAUAUAAGCUGUCCAAAAUAUAUCUUGUUAAGAAGCAAUAAUAUUUAGAACAAAUAAAAAUUCAUACAUCAAUAACAGUUGGUAUACUAAUAAUGACAUCCAGUAUGAGUAUGAGGUAAUACUUCUUCAAACAACAAAAUCAAGGAAAAUGGGUGCCACAACAAAAAAAAACAGCAUUAUUAUAAUAUUUACAGCCAGGAAUAAGGAUAGAAAAAACGAAAUCCUUUGUAUCAAUCGGUGUCGUAUAUAUCUACACUGAAGGACUCUAAAUUGAGAAAAAACUAAGAAAAUGCCUGAAUUAACAGAAUACUUUUGUAUAGUCAAAAUAAUAAAUAAAUAAAAAAAGUCUAAGAACUAUACGAAAAAAAAACACAUAAAGGGAAUUAUAUGAUCAAAAGAAAAGUAAAACUAGUCAUAGAUUAUUUCGCUUUGGACAAAAUGGCCGCAAAAUAAUAAAAAACUGUUAUUCUGAAGAUGUAUCAAGAGCCUAUUAGUAUUAAGAUAUUAUCAACUUCAAUAAAAUAUUUUAAUGCAAUUCUUUAAGUUUAGCUUAAAGGAUUUCAAUGGAAUAACUCUCAAAAUUAAACAUUUAAUCAGAGUUUAACAUCUAAUGUAUUGAUUUAUGUACUGAUGACCCAGUAGAUCCGAUAACAGCAUGUUUAAAAUACUACGUACUCGAAAAAAUGUUUACUAAUGUAGAACUUGACCUAAUGACAAGAACAUCUAGAAUGUUAAAUAUGACAAAAAGGAAAAUCACACUAUAUAUCUUAAUUUUAUAUCAAACCUUAUGUCAACAGGUACCCUUUUAUUUCCACAAUACUGACUUAGAUCCCUUUAACCAACACUUCUUAUAAAACGUAUAUUUCCGCACAAUUAUUCUUCCCUCUCUUAACUUACUAUAGAUAUUGGAAAAGCUUUAUACAAUUUUUUCAUGUCCCUUUUUUCGCAAGAUCUUUUAAUCAUUAAGGUAGUUGUCAUAUUUUGUACCGUCAUAAUUUUAUAGUCAAAAUAGUUUUAAUAUUUUUUUUAUUUUAUUUUGUAGAAAAAUUGUGAAAAUGUGCAAUAAAAACGUUUGAUUUA